UGAACUACAAAAACUAAUUAAGCUGAUUUUUGUUUACAAAAUGACAGUGAAAUUUAAUCGGGAUUCCUCCAGCUGAAGUUUUUCAUCUGGAAGGACACUUUCAAGUCACUAUUUGCCCUUAACAACACCAAGGAGAAAGACAAAGUCUAGCAAUAUUUUACUCAAGCCCAAUUUUGCCACUCCUAAACAGAAGAACUUGGAUAAUUUACCUGGAAACAAGAGGACGAGGUCUUACUCUCUUAGAUUCCAGAAGGAUCAUAACAUCGGAAUUCUUUCAGGGUUCCAGAACAUUAAUGAGAUACUUAAGCAGGAUCUUACCACAAAGGAAGCACGGGGUUACCUCUCUAAGAUCCUGACCCUCACUAGGUCUGAGCAGGAUAUUUGGGUCUCAAUGCUUCAAUGUUUGGCUAAAAUAGUGUUUACUAAGAAACCAAACGACUGUAUGGAAUAUCUUGUUUCAAGAGACCCUAAAAGAUCAGCAGAUCACCUUAUACUAAGCAGUUAUGCUAAAGCCUCAUUGCAAGAUGUUGAAGAGGUAUUUCCAUUUCAAACCUGCUGAGAUCUGCUGGGUCCAAUGCUGAACAUCCUGAGGAGCACCGCUGGAGUUCUGAUGUUCUGUAACGAUCUUCACGAAGUGAAGGGCGACUCAGAAGACGAGAGUUUCAAGGCCUACGCUUGCUCAUGCAUCUUCUCGAUCUUCCUCCAAAAACUCCAGAAGAAGAUGAAGAUAGAAGAGCUCAGGGCCAAAAGUGGGAAUAUUUACUACAACUUCUCAAAGUUGAUCAGCUUUGAUGAAAUCUGGAGGCUUCAGGAGUAUAUUGAGGGCUCUCUGUGUCAGUAUUUCAGUGUAAAUAGGAUCAACUUCUGGAUCUGAGAUCACAUAAAAAAUCAACUGUUCAAGGUAGUCAGGGAUGGAAAGAAUCAUGAACAGAAGAUCAUCAGCUAUGAAAGCGACAAAGGGAUUGCCAAUUCUGUUGCAAAAGAUGGAAUCCCGAUCGUAGAGAACGAGGCCAAUGAUACUAAAUAAGUUCCUUGCUGAGUUAGACGAUCCAAAGGGAAAAUACUAUAAGUUUAAUCAGCCAGCAAGUCAAGUGUCUAUUCUCUCAGUUCCAGUGUACAAAUCAAGCGAGAGCUCGAUCAGCUCUAACUGCUUAGGUAGGAUUUGUUCAUGCUCUAACAGUGCUUUAAGUGUCUUGCAGCUAAUCAACAAAGACAAUGGGACUCCAUUCGAUGAGAAUGGCCUAGAAGAGGCCAAAGAGUUCUGAUAUUCCUUGGGAGACAUCAUCACAGUGGUCUCUAAAGCCGAUACCCUCAUGUCCAUCAAGAACUACUUGGGUAGCCUCGAGCAAUCUCUCGGAGAAGCGUCAAAUGAAAUGCAAUCAAAUGAGAGAUACAUCAAGUCUCUGAAGGAAAAUAUGAAGAGCAUGAAUAGCUACCUAAAAGGUGUGCUCAGACAAUCGGAGUAA